AGUUUACCAAGUCAAAUUCCUUGUGUGUUCAAGCAUAGCUGGCCAAUAAAGCUGAUUCUGAUUCUGAUUAUUUGAACAGUGUCAGUCAAAGUGUAUAUUCAAAUCCUAUUCACAUGUUCCAAAUGUGCUUAUUUUGAAUAUGUAUUCAACUAGCUUGUUUGACCAGUUAAAGUCUGCUGCUGUCUAGUUCAUCCAGAGAUUGACCAAUGUCUGUCACUAUCUCUUUUUUUUUUUUUUAGGUUAGAAUUAACUUUGCGCUCCACCCACAAAACACAGACACAUUUAUUUAGUCUGUUCCCUUGGUGAAGGUAAUUCCCCAACCAGAGGAGAAGAGGCUGUGACAUUCCAUCUCAAAACCAACAACCCAAUCUGUUUUUGAAACAGUAGUCGGCGUGCUGAAGCAGGAGCUAAGCAGCAGCACUCUCUCUCUCUCUCUUUCUCCCUCCCUCUCUCUCUCUUUUGGACCUGGGACGCCGAGGCGUAGGGGAGAGCUCAUUCCAUAACACGGCAGUCCUCCAUGGCCCUGUGCAACGGAGAGAGCAAGCUGGAGAUCAGCAGCGCAGAGCAGAAUGGGUCAUGUGAGGGAGCGGUGGCGAUCCUAGAUGCUGGGGCCCAGUAUGGUAAGGUGAUAGACCGGCGGGUGCGGGAGCUGUGUGUGCGCUCUGAGAUCCUCCCUUUAGAGACCCCAGCCUUUGCUAUCAGGGAACAGGGCUACAGAGCUGUCAUCAUUUCAGGAGGUCCUGCCUCUGUGUAUGCAGAAGAUGCCCCCUGGUUUGACCCUGCCAUAUUCACUAUAGGAAAGCCCGUACUUGGGAUUUGCUAUGGGAUGCAGAUGAUGAAUAAAGUGUUUGGCGGCACAGUCCAUAAAAAGAGUGUAAGGGAAGAUGGAGUGUUUAGCAUUGGACUGGACAAUACUUGCUCUCUCUUCAGAGGCCUUCGUAAGGAGGAGCUGGUCCUGCUCACCCAUGGAGAUAGUGUGGAUAAGGUGGCUGAUGGCUUUAAAGUCGUGGCCCAGUCAGGAAAUAUCAUUGCUGGAAUCGCUAAUGAACAGAAGAAGCUGUACGGGACACAGUUUCACCCUGAGGUUGACUUGACAGAGAGCGGCAUGGAGAUGCUGCGUACCUUCCUUUUUGAGAUUGCAGGAUGCACGAGCAACUUCACUGUACAAAACCGCCAACAAGUUUGCAUUGAUGAGAUCAAAGAAAAAGUAGACAAAUCUAAAGUCCUGGUGUUGCUGAGUGGUGGGGUUGACUCAACAGUUUGCACAGCUCUCCUCAACAAAGCUCUGAACCAGGACCAGGUGAUCGCAGUUCAUAUUGACAAUGGCUUCAUGAGGAAGAGGGAGAGUCAGAGUGUGGAGGAGGCCCUCACCAAGCUGGGGAUCAAACUUAAAGUGGUUAACGCCGCUCACACCUUCUACAACGGAACAACAACCCUUCCCAUCUCUGAGGAAGACAGGACACCACGUAAACGCAUCAGCAAGACUUUGAACAUGACUACCAACCCUGAGGAGAAAAGAAAAAUAAUUGGAGAUACAUUUGUCAAAGUGGCGAAUGAAGUAAUAGGAGAGAUGAAUCUAAAGCCAGAAGAAGUGUUCCUGGCCCAGGGUACCCUGCGGCCUGAUCUCAUUGAGAGUGCCUCUCACAUUGCAAGCGGCAAGGCAGAGGUCAUCAAAACACACCACAAUGACACUGAGCUCAUCCGCAAACUCAGAGAUGAGGGAAAAGUCAUCGAACCGUUGAAGGAUUUCCAUAAAGAUGAGGUGAGAGCACUGGGGAGAGAGCUGGGCUUGCCAGAAGAGAUUGUCUCCCGACACCCUUUCCCAGGUCCUGGUUUGUCCAUCAGGGUGAUUUGUGCAGAGGAGCCAUACAUCUGUAAGGAUUUUGCUGAAACCAACAACAUUCUCAAAAUUGUCACAGACUUCUCAGCAAGCGUCAAAAAGCCCCACGCCUUGCUGCAAAGAGUCAAGUCUUGCAUAUCGGAUGAGGAGGAAGAGAAGCUCAUGCAGAUCACCAGCCUUCAUUCACUAAAUGCCUUUCUACUGCCUAUCAAAACUGUUGGCGUCCAGGGUGAUUGCCGGUCCUACAGUUACGUGUGUGGUGUCACAAGUAAAGAAUCUCCACACUGGGAAUCACUCAUGUUCUUGGCCAGACUCAUCCCUCGCAUGUGCCAUAGCAUCAACAGAGUUGUGUAUGUAUUUGGGUCCCACGUGAAAGAACCACCUACAGACAUUACUCCAACCUUCCUGACCACAGGCGUUCUGAGCACGCUCAGACAGGCUGACUUUGUAGCUCACUCUAUCCUUAGAGAGUCUGGCUAUUCCGGUAAGAUCAGCCAGAUGCCGAUCAUCCUGACGCCUCUGCACUUUGACCGUGACCCACUGCAAAAGCAACCAUCCUGCCGGCGCUCUGUUGUGGUCCGCACCUUUAUCACCAGCGAUUUUAUGACUGGCAUCCCUGCUACGCCAGGCAACCAUAUCCCAGAGGAGGUGGUUCUGAAGAUGGUAAAUGAGAUCAAGAAGAUCCCUGGCAUUUCCAGAGUCAUGUUCGAUCUGACCUCCAAGCCACCCGGCACCACAGAGUGGGAAUGAAACCCCUCAUUGCAUCGUUCUUAAAGGACACACACACACACACACUCACACACACAAUGCACAAACACACUUAGCAGAUAACAGAGAGGGCUGGUGAACUCUUUUCCUUCUCAGUCCUCCCUUCUACUAUCCUCGCCCUGCUCCUCUUCCUCUCCUGUACCUCCAUCCCUCUCUUCAACAUUCCCAUGGAAGGCAGACCGUACUGUGACGGGCGCACAUACAAAGGCGCUUCUACUCUGCCCUCCCCACAACUCCUCCCUGGUCUUAAUAUUUUUGGCGAUAGGGAUUAAUUAAUGUUGGUUAUUGAUAAUAUAUUGUCAUUUUUUGAUCCAUGUACAACAGUGUUUAUCCUCUCCAUAAUGAAAAGGUAUAUUGCUGCUUCCUUUUUUGUAAGGUCAACCUUUAAAGGCAAGUGGUGAGAAGCUGUGAAAGUUCAUUGCGUGGACUUUGAUGUUGUGCCUCAGAUUGUAUUAUGGGAUGAGUUUGAACGUGAAAACAAACAAACGGUAGUGUCAAGAAAAAAAAGGAACAUUGUAAAGGGGGGCUAAAAAUUUUGAGUAAUUGCUUCCUGACUUUUGUGUCUGAUGUGUUCGUUUUACCACUGUAGGUCAGAAUGUUUUUAACUGAAGACGAUCCUCUCUGUUUGUUACUUUUCACUUUCUGCCUCUAUACUGUGCUAUGAAGAAGGUUGUCUGUUUAAGUGUAAAACUGCACAGACAACCAUUGUGACCAAUCGAUAACUUUUAAGCUUCUUUUUUUUGCCAAACGUAGAACAUGCUGUGGUGAUAUAUGAUAUUGUGGGCUCCUCUGACGAUCUUCUACAUUUGUUGAAAAAAGGCUUUUGACUUGUUGCUGGACCCUUCGUGGACAGCAAGCCAAGAUUAGAUUCAUUAUGAAGACUAGUAUGCAGCUGUGCUGGAGGCCAAUAUGAUGGAUAACUUUGUAUGUGCCUGUUCGAUUGCUUUUUGUUUAUUCCUUUGGGGUGACCGAACGUGGAUGUUUCUGGAAAGGAGAAGACAACACUUUUUCUCCUCAUGCUGCAAUAUGUAUGCUUUUCAUGAAGAAUAAAAAUAGCAAGGGGACUAGCUAAUAAUGAAAUUAUAAGUACAGUAGAGUUUAUAACUACAUUGUGUAAAUUGUUGUUCAUCAUCAUUUGGCUGCUCAUUGUUGUACAAGGGCACAUUUAUUUGCACAUUUAGACCCGUUUUCACCCUUUAAGUAUUGGUGCUUUAUCAGCAUAACAUUCAUUGAGAACUUCACCUUGUUAAAGUGUCAAAGGUCAGGUUAAGAGGACAGACUAUUGCCCUCUCUAACAUAAGUCCACUGUGUCUAAAACAGCUCAAUUCUUCUGUCCACCACUGUCAAAACAUUCAGCACUUCAUAUCGCUAGUCUUUAGUCUUGUCAUUUAGAUCUCAGUGAAUACAGCACUCAGGUUUAACUGAGUUUUAACAAGUGUACCCCAAAAUAGAGACAUUUCACUCAGAUGUGGUGGUUCUCAUGCCUCCAGAACUCAACUUGUUUCGUGCCUCUCAUCCUCUGUUAAAUCCUUAAUCUUUAGUUGCAAAAUACUCUCAAUGCAAACUGGUUCUCCUUACUUGUCUGUACUGCUAUUAGUGUCUCCCUUUAUUCUGCCUUUUUCUAAGUGGGUUUUUUUCUGUUACAGUAAGUCUCCGUUACAAACUACAGCCUGAGGAUAAUGGAGAUACAAUUUUGUAGUUUGAUUGCAAUAUCAAUAAGAUUAAGUUAUGCAAUUUAUUGUCUGAUGUUUUUCUUUUCUUCAGUUUUGUUCAACAACGCUCAUUCUCCUUUAGUAACGUGCCUCAAACCAAGCCACUGCAUGCAGUUUCAUCUACGAUGACAUUUGUACAAUGGAAAUCUGAGCUUUAAUAAAGAUCUUCAUGUUGAAACUUC